GGGACCGCGCUCCCUGGCCGCCCCCAGGUGGAGGGGAAGCGGCGAGAGCUGGGAGUUGGAGCGGUGAGAGGAAGGAAGCCCAGAGAUCCGAAGGUGCUCGGGUGGGGAAAAGUGGAAGGGCGGAGGGAUCUCACUUUCAGUCCCUGCAGAGGUUCCAGGAAUCCAGUACAAUGGGAUAGAGAAAUGAGGACCAGAAAGGGCUAGGCACUUGCCCGCAGCCACACAGCAUGUCCGCAGCCUGACGCGUCCAUCUGGUCCUCUGUCUGUUACCGCCAUGGCCUUCUGGAUGCAGCUGAUGGUGCUGCUUUGGAAGAAUCUCCAGUAUCGCAGGAGACAGCCGAUCAAGCUUUUAGUGGAGUUGCUGUGGCCCCUCUUUCUCUUCUUCAUCCUGGUGGCCGUGCGCCACUCCCACCCCCCACUGGAGCAGCAUGACUGUCACUUCUCCAACAAGCCACUGCCCUCGGCGGGCACCCUGACUUGGCUCCAGGGCCUCGUCUGCAAUGCGAACAACACCUGCUUCCCGCAGCCCACGCCAGGCGAGGAGCCGGGGGUCCUGAACAACUUCAACAGCUCCCUGGUCUUCCGGCUCCUGGCAGAUGCCCAGACUCUCUUGGGGAGCCCCAGUGCCCACACGACACUGGCUGGCCUGAGGAAGCUGAUGCCCAGGCUGAGGGCCGCAGAGGGAGCAGCCUGGCGUCAGCCAAGUGACUGGCUGAGGAAGGGCCCGUCCCUGGCCACGGAGCUGCUGCAGACACUGCUGCAGGCGGAGUCCCUGAGGCCUGCCCAGGACCAAUCCCAGGGGCCCAUGGACAGCUUUGUCAAGGCAUCAAGGGACCUGGUCCAGGAGCUCCUGGCACUGCCCAGCCUCGUGGAGCUGGGGGCCCUGCUGCGGAGAUCGCGGGGGACAGGCACAGGAGGGCUCCUGGAGGCAGCGUCAGAAGCUCUCUGCAGCGGGAAGGGGCCCCGCAGCCCCAGGGCGCUCUCUCUCGACUGGUAUGAGGGAAGUGACCUGAAGGAGCUCAUGGGGCGAGGGCCAGCGCCAGCCCUCCCGGACAUUGGCCUGAGCCCCUCCUGCAAGGAGCUGACUGGGGCCCUGCAAGGUCACCCGCUGUCCCGCCUGCUCUGGAGGCGCCUGAAGCCUCUGGUCCUGGGGAAACUGCUGUUUGCACCUGACACACCCUUCACGCGGCAGCUCAUGGCCCAGGUGAACCGGACCUUCCAGGAGCUGGCUCUGCUGAAGGAUGUCCAGGAGGCGUGGGGGGUGCUGGGACCCCAGAUCUUCAACUUCCUGAACAACAGUGCAAAUGUGGCCACGCUACAGAGGCUCCUGCAGAUUCAAGACAACGAAAAGACUGAGCCAGGCCUCAGCGGCCAGGCGCAGUGGGAGGCCCUUCGCGCCUUCCUGGAGCCAGGCGGGGGCAGAUACAGUUGGCUGGAGGCCCAUGCUGAUGUGGGGCACCUGGUGGGCACGCUGGGUCGUGUCAUGGAGUGCAUCCUCCUGGACAAGAUGGAGGCUUUACCGUCAGAGGGGGCCCUGGUGGACCGCGCCCUGGAGCUGCUUGCUGAGCACCGCUUCUGGGCUGGCGUCGUCUUCCUGGGGCCAGAGGACCCCCCCGACCCGGCACAAUUCGGGGGUCCCGGCGUGGUGCGGAUCAAGAUCCGUAUGGACAUCGACGAGGUCGCAAGAACCAAUAAGAUCAGGAACAGGUUUUGGGACCCGGGCCCAGCCGCGGACCCCCUGAGAGACCUGCGCUACGUGUGGGGCGGCUUCGUGUACUUGCAGGACCUGCUGGAGCGCGCAGCAGUGCGCAUGCUCAGCGGCGCGGCGCCCCGCGUGGGGCUGUACCUGCAGCAGAUGCCUUACCCCUGCUACGUGGACGACACGUUCCUGCGCGUGCUGAGCCGGUCGCUGCCGCUCUUCCUGACGCUGGCCUGGAUCUACUCGGUGGCGCUGACGGUGAAGGCGGUGGUGCGCGAGAAGGAGACGCGGCUGCGCGAGAUGAUGCGCGCGGUGGGGCUCAGCCGCGCGGUGCUGUGGCUCGGCUGGCUUCUCAGCUGCCUAGCGCCCUUCCUGCUCAGCACCGUCCUGCUCGUGCUGGUGCUCAAGCUCGGGGACAUCCUCCCCUACAGCCACCCUGUCGUGGUCUUCCUGUUCUUGGCGACAUUCGCUGUGGCCACAGUGGCCCAGAGCUUCCUGCUGAGCGCCUUCUUCUCCCGUGCCAACCUGGCAGCGGCCUGCGGGGGCCUCGCCUACUUCGUGCUCUACCUGCCCUAUGUGCUCUGUGUGGCCUGGCGGGACCAGCUGCCCGCGGGCGGCCGCAUGGCCGCGAGCCUUCUGUCGCCGGUGGCCUUUGGUUUCGGCUGUGAGAGCUUGGCGCUGCUGGAGGAGCAGGGCGUGGGCGCACAGUGGCACAACGUGGGCACCGAGCCUUCCGCGGACAUCUUUAGCUUGGUUCAGGUCUCCUGCUUUCUGCUGCUUGACGCCACCAUUUACGGCCUGGCCACUUGGUACCUGGAGGCCGUGUGCCCAGGCCAGUAUGGGAUCCCUGAACCUUGGAACUUCCCCUUUCGGAGGAGCUACUGGUUUGGCCUACAGCCCCCCAAGUGUCCUGUGCUAGCCCCCGCUUCGCAGGACCCGGAGGUGCUGGUGGAAGAGGCGCCGCCUGGCCUGGCUCCAGGGGUCUCCCUAAGGGGCCUGGAAAAGUGCUUUCCUGGCAACCCGCAGCCAGCUCUGCGGGGGCUCAGCCUGGACUUCUACCAGGACCACAUCACCGCCUUCCUGGGCCACAACGGGGCGGGCAAGACCACCACAAUGUCCAUCUUGAGUGGCUUCUUCCCACCCACUGGCGGCACCGCCUUCAUCCUGGGCCAUGACAUCCGGUCCAGCAUGGCAGCCAUCCGGCCCCACCUGGGCGUCUGCCCACAGUACAAUGUGCUGUUUGACAUGCUGACCGUGGACGAGCAUGUCUGGUUCUACGGGCGGCUGAAGGGUCUGAGCGCCUCUGCCGUUCGCGCUGAGCAGGACCGUCUGCUGCAGGAUGUGGGGCUCGUCCCUAAACGGCAUGCACAGGCUCGCCACCUGUCCGGUGGGAUGAAGCGCAAGCUUUCAGUGGCCAUUGCCUUUGUGGGCGGCUCCCAGGUGGUCAUCCUGGAUGAGCCCACAGCUGGUGUGGACCCCACUUCCCGCCGCAGCAUCUGGGAGCUGUUGCUUAAAUACCGAAAAGGCCGCACGAUGAUCCUCUCCACCCACCACCUGGAUGAGGCGGAGCUCCUGGGAGACCGCGUGGCGGUGGUGGCGGGCGGCCGCCUGUGCUGCUGCGGCUCCAUGCUCUUCCUGCGCCGCCACCUGGGCACUGGCUACUACCUCACACUGGCGAAGAGGGCCCCGCUCCUGGACACCAGCGGGAAGAGUGCUGCCGGCGCGGGGGAGCACGUGGUGGAGCACGUGGUGGAUGCCCAGCAGAAGGAGCUGGGUGGCCAGGGCAGCCAGGCUGCCCACGCAGGGGCGCCGCAGCUGCUGGCCCUGGUACACCGCUGGGUGCCGGGGGCUCAGCUGAUCGAGGAGCUGCCACACCAGCUGGUGCUGGCGCUGCCCUACGCGGGCGCCCUGGACGGCAGCUUCACUGGACUCUUCUGUGACCUGGACCAGCGACUGGGGCAGCUGGGGCUUGUGGGUUACGGCAUCUCUGACACCAGCCUGGAGGAGAUCUUCCUGAAGGUGGUGGAGAGCUGUGCCAUGGACACACAUCCGGAGCGUGCAGCUGCAGAUGGCAGCCACAGGAAGUACCCGGGCUCAGCCAUUGUUCACCCCGACAGAACCACGGGGCUGAAGGCCCCGCCGGAGGAGUCAGCCCUGGAGAACGGAUUGCUGGGGACACCAGCCCUGCAGGGCUGUGGGCCAGCGGCCCCAGGUCUGGUGCAGGGCUGGGCGCUGACCCACCACCAGCUCCGGGCCCUGCUCGUCAAGCGCUUCCUGCUUGCCCUCCGCAGCCGCCGGGGCCUCUUUGCACAGAUCGUCCUGCCAGCCCUGUUCGUGGGCCUGGCGCUGGCCUUCAGCCUCAUCGUGCCUCCCUUCGGCUACUACCCGGCCUUGCAGCUCAGUCCCGACAUGUACGGGGCUCAGGUCUCCUUCUUCAGUGAGGACACCCCAGGGGACGUGAAGCGUGCCCGCCUGCUCGAGGCGCUGCUGGAGGAAGCGGGACUCGGGCAGCGUGGCCUGCAGGACAGCUCCGGCGGGGUGCCCGAGUGUGCCCAGCCUCCUGUCUGCCUGUUCUCGGUGCCUGAGCUCCCCGAAGACGUGGCGGAGGUCUUGGCCAGUGGCAACUGGACCCCCGAGUUUCCAUCUCCGGCCUGCCAAUGCAGCCGGCCUGGUGCCCGGCGUCUGCUGCCUGACUGCCCUGCGGCGGCAGGUGGACCCCCGCCGCCCCAGGCGCUGACUGGCUCUGGCGAGCUGGUGCAGAACCUGACCGGCCGGAACCUGUCUGACUUCCUGAUCAAGACCUACCCGCGCCUGGUGCGCCAGGGCCUCAAGACCAAGAAGUGGGUGAACGAGGUCAGGUAUGGGGGCUUCUCCCUGGGGGGUCAGGACCGGAGCUGGCCCUCGGGACAGGAGGUAGGUCACUCUGUAGAGGAGCUGCGGGUGCUGCUGAGCCCCCACCCGGGAGAUGCCCUUGACCGGAUCUUGAGCAACCUCACGGCGUGGGCUUGCAGCCUGGAUGCUCAGGACAGCCUCAAGAUCUGGUUCAACAACAAGGGCUGGCACGCCAUGGCAGCCUUUGUCAACAGAGCCAACAAUGCGCUCCUGCGUGCCCUCUUGCCCCCGGGCUCUGCCCACCACACCUACCGUAUCACCACGGUCAACCACCCGUUGAACCUCACCAAGGAGCAACUGUCUGAGGCAGCGCUGAUGGCCUCCUCGGUGGACGUGCUUGUGUCCAUCUGUGUGGUCUUCGCUAUGUCCUUCGUCCCAGCCAGCUUCACCCUUGUCCUCAUUGAGGAGCGCGUCACGCAAGCCAAACACCUGCAGUUCAUGGGGGGUUUGUCUCCCACCCUCUACUGGCUCAGCAACUUUCUCUGGGACAUGUGUAACUACCUGGUGCCGGCAUGUCUCGUGGUGCUCAUCUUUCUGGCCUUCCAGCAGAGGGCAUAUGUGGCCCCUGCCAACCUGCCUGCCCUCCUGCUGUUGCUCCUCUUAUAUGGCUGGUCGAUUACACCACUCAUGUAUCCAGCCUCCUUCUUCUUCUCAGUGCCUAGCACAGCCUAUGUGGUACUCACCUGCAUCAACCUUUUUAUUGGCAUCAAUGGCAGCAUGGCCACCUUUGUGCUGGAACUCUUCUCUGAUCAGAAGCUGCAGGAGGUGAGCCGGAUCCUGAAACGGGUCUUUCUUAUCUUCCCCCACUUCUGCCUGGGCCGGGGACUCAUCGACAUGGUGCGAAACCAGGCCAUGGCUGAUGCCUUUGAGCGCUUAGGAGACAGACAAUUCCAGUCACCCCUGCGCUGGGAGGUGGUUGGCAAGAACCUCUUGGCCAUGAUGGUACAGGGACCCCUCUUCCUCCUCUUCACACUCCUGCUACAGCACUACAACUGCCUCUUGCCACAAUCGAAGCUGAGGCAACUGCCAUCCCUGGAGGAAGAGGAUGAGGAUGUAGCCCGUGAGCGGGACCGGGUGGUCCGAGGGGCCACCCAAGGGGAUGUGUUGGUGCUGAGAGACCUGACCAAGGUAUACCGAGGGCAGAAGACACCAGCAGUCAAUCGACUGUGCCUGGGGAUCCCCCCCGGGGAGUGUUUUGGGCUGCUGGGUGUGAACGGAGCAGGGAAAACCUCCACAUUUUGCAUGGUGACCGGGGACACGCUGCCCAGCGGGGGCGAGGUGGUGCUGGCAGGCCACAGCGUGGCCCAGGAGCCGGGCGCUGCGCAGCGCUGCAUGGGCUACUGCCCUCAGUCGGAUGCCAUCUUCGAGCUGUUGACAGGCCUUGAGCACCUGGAGCUAUUUGCCCGUCUUCGAGGAGUCCCUGAGGCCCUGGUCACCCAGGUGCCCCUCCCCCCAUUUCUCUAGCUUCUGAAUGCUGGCUGCCCCGCCCUCCCUGCCCUCCCGGGGUCCAGCUCCCACAUCCAUAUGGGUGCCCCCUAACAACCUGCUGCACCUUGCUGUCUCCCUGCUCAGGGACUCACCCCUCCCCACCUUGCUGUCUCCCUGCUCAGGGACUCACCCCUCCCCACCUUGCUGUCU